AUGCUAGCGAACAUCACGCAGGUAGAACACAAGACGUUUGACUACAUAGUGAUUGAGAUAGUACGACUAAUGCUCUACCAGGCGGAGGAUAACCGUACAUUGCAGACAGCGGGUUUGGUGGUUGCCUCACGUCUGUCCGAGGAUGCUUCUGUGUCGGUCUUAGUACUGGAGGCGGGUGAGGCCAACCUCGACGACAGAGCGAUAUUACUUCCUGGGCAGGGAAUGGUGCACAUAAACAAUCCGAAAUAUGACUGGGGCUUUAAGACGGUCAAACAAGAACAUUCCAACGGAAGGGAGUAUUCAUGGCCACGUGGAAUGGGGCUCGGUGGGAGCUCAGCGAUUAAUUUUUUGCUAUGGAACAAGCCUGCUAGGGAGUUCCUUGACGCGUUCGAGGAGCUGGGAAAUGAAGGGUGGAAUUGGGAGAGUUUCGACAAGUAUUCCAAGCGGGCAGAGCAAUUUACGGCCCCGGACCAUGACCGCGACUACUUGACAUAUGAUCUCAAACACCGUGGAACAUCAGGCAUGUCUCAUCCCUGUCCGGUCCCUGUGUCAUUUCCGACUACAAUCUCCCAACUUGAGCGGCGUUUCAUCGAGGCCAUGCAGACGUUUGGCAUCGAACGCAUCCGAGAAGCGUCGUCAGGAUCUACAAACGGGACUUCGGUGACGGCUUCCACGCUGGAUCCGAAGACACACUUGCGUAGUUACGCCGCUAAUUCUUACUAUGCGCCCAAUGCAGCUAGGCACAACCUGACCGUCUUGGUCUCCGCUCAUGUGGCGAGUAUUGUGACUCGGCGUAACGCGGAAGGGACUUUGACAGCGACCGGUGUCUACUUCAUUCACGGAGGUAGCAACCAUGUAGUACAUGCUUCUAAGGAGGUGUGCCUGUCGGCCGGCACGAUCAUGUCUCCGCAGAUUCUCGAACUCUCCGGUAUCGGCGAUCAUCACGUACUCAAUCAGGCAGGUGUCGAGGUCAAGUGCGAGCUUCCAGGAGUCGGCGCCAACGUUCAGGAGCACUUGUGGUCGGGGGUGAUAUAUCGUGUUAAGGACUUCGUGGUGGAUGGUCGCCCUGUAACAACCAUGGAUCCCUUGAUGAAUCCCGCGGAAGCUCCGAAGCACAUUGCGCUCCACGCAAGCGGCAAAGGGGCACUUAACGUCUGGACGACAAGUCUCACUUUUCUACCGCUCAAUAGCGUCUGCGUAGAUGCGGACAAACUCCAGCGCACGCUCUCGGACACUAUCCUCGACGGUAUCAAGAAGAACGUAUACAACAGCGGCCUUCGCAAGCAGUACGAGUUGCAGCUGAAACAUAUCCGUGAUCAUGUCCCGAGUCUUGAAAUCAUGCUUCUGCCACGCCCAAUUGUUCGUCCCGAGAAGCCAGAUGUCAACCAGAAGCAUAUCACACUUGGUUUGGCUCUGAACAGUCCAUUCUCCAGGGGAACAAUACACAUUGGUUCCAGUGACCCAUUGAAGCAUCCUCUCAUUGACCCUAACCUGUAUGAUGAGGCAUAUGUGAGGAUAGACAUCCAGUCCAUGGUUGAGCUUGUCAAGUUCAACAGACAAUUGGCACAAACUCCUCCAUUCAAGGAGACAUUGGCUGAGGAAGUCAUGCCUGGGCCAACUGUGCAGAGUGAUGAGCAGAUUGCCAAUUGGCUCAGGAAUGUUGUGAAUACCACCUAUCAUACAACAGGGUCAUGCAGCAUGUUGCCAUUGGAGGAUGGUGGUGUUGUUGAUGCAAAGCUGAGGGUAUACCACACUACCAACAUACGUGUUGUUGAUCUGUCCAUUGUACCCCUCAAUGUGGGGAGUCACACACAGGCACUAACCUAUGCCAUUGGAGAACAAGCUGCAGAUAUCAUCAAGGGUGUGAUCUGA